AUGGCAGCUCGCUUGUUGUCUUUUGAGGUGGCUGAUCUCUGCUUAGGCAAGCCGCCGCUCCGUGCCCUUUCUGUCUCUGCUACAGUCUGUGAUGCCCUGGUGGCGCUAAAGGCGGCGGAGGAUAAUUCCGUCAGUGUGUGGAAUUGUGAUCACUCUAAGAGGAAUUUGAACGGCGGCGAUGAAAAUUGUGUGUGUGUAGGAAAGAUUUGCAUGGUUGAUAUAAUUUUUUAUCUUUGCAAAGGAGAGAAUUUAUCUUCUCCGGCUUUGGCCUUGAAGUCCCCUGUUUCAGUUUUGCUGUCAAACGUUGAGGGUCUUGUGAGGCACGUGGAAGCCUCUUCAAGCUUACUUGUAGCCAUUGAUCUGAUUCUCCAAGGUGCCCAGAACCUCGUGGUUCCUAUAAAGAGCAACAACUCAGGCAAUUCAAAGAGAAAACAGCUCCUAAAAUCAUCAUCUAUGAGUCCAACAGUUCACAAUGGCCUCGAAUUCUGUUGGCUAACACAAGAAGAUAUAAUGAGAUUCCUUCUUAGCUCAAUUGGCCUUUUCUCCCCAAUACCGACUUUCUCCAUUGAAUCCCUUGGCAUAAUCUGCCCUGAGUUUUUGGCUGUUGGUUACCACUCCCUGGCUUCAUCGGCAAUUGGAGCUAUCUCCCAAUCCCUAGUGGAUCAAACUUCGGUGGCGGUUGUUGAUGAUGAUGGAACUUUGAUUGGUGAGAUCUCACCCUUUGCCCUCAACUGCUGUGACGAGACUGUGGCAGCUGCCAUUACAACACUCUCAGCCGGGGACCUAAUGGCCUACAUUGACUGUGGAGGCCCCCCUGAGGAAAUUGUGAGGGUGGUUGAGGCGAGGUUGAAGGAGAGAAAUCUUGAGGGAAUGCUAGAGGACUUCGUGAUCGAGUCCUCCAACAGUAGUAUUCUCUUCAGUUCGUCUUCUGACGAGGAAUUGCCAUCCCUGACUAGGACAUCGUCGAGGUCAGGGCGAUAUAGUAGGUCUACAAGCUACUCAGCACGAAUGGUGAGAAGGGCAGAGGCAAUAGUGUGCCAUCCCGGUAGUUCUUUGGUGGCAGUUAUGAUACAGGCAAUCGCGCAUAGGGUAAACUAUAUUUGGGUUAUUGAAGGUGACUGCAGUGUAGUUGGAAUUGUAACAUUUGCUACCAUGCUAGAAGUUUUCAGAGAAAAAUUAGAAUCCAUGAUCUGA